CAAGUUGCUUAAUAAAGUAGGAGUGACCUAGCAGUAGGUGUGGCCUUUUUUUUUUACAUCACAGCCAACCGACUUUUAAAUUUAGGAUUCAGGUUUUGUAGUUUCAUUUGCGUACAGCUAACCAGAGGGACAAGCAAUUCUCCUAAAGGGCUGACAUGACAUACGCCUUGUCUAUUAGCUCGCAACUAAAUAAGGUGCGGAGCUCCCACUACCUCAGCCUUCCUCAGGGAGGUCUCUGUCAGGUCACCUAUGUUUGGAUCGAUGAAUCUGGGGAGAGCCUUCGGUGCAAAACGCGAACCUUGGAGUCUGAACCCAGCAGCAUUGAGGAUAUUCCAGAGUGGAACUGUGUGUUCCUUAGCAUAAACCACCCUGUGACUCUCAACACCAUGAUCCUGGUUCCUGUAUGUAUAUUCAGAGACCCUUUUAUUCUGGACCCCAAUAAACUGGUGCUAUGUGAAGUCCUCAAGAUCAACCGCAAACCUGCAGACACUAACCAUCGGCAUGCCUGUAAGAAAAUCAUGGAGAAGGUGAAGGAUUCCAUACCGUGGUUUGGGAUGGAGCAGGAGUAUACUCUGCUGGGGAUAGAUGGACGUCCAUACUCCUGGCCAUCAAACAGUUACCCCAAACCACAGGGACCAUAUAAUUGUGGAGUGGGUGCAGAUAGAGCUUAUGGCAGAGACAUUGCAGAGUGUCACUAUAAAGCAUGCAUUUAUGCAGGCAUCAAAAUUUGUGGUACCAAUGCUGAGUCGAUGCCCUCUCAGUGGGAGUUCCAGGUUGGUCCAUGUGAAGGAAUUGUAGCAGGAGAUCACUUGUGGAUGGCACGCUUCCUAUUGCACAGAGUGUGUGAAGACUUUGGUGUAAUCGCCUCUCUGGACCCCAAACCCAUCCCAGGGAACUGGAAUGGAGCUGGCUGCCACUCUAACUUCAGCACUGUGGCCACUAGAGCAGAAGGAGGGCUGGAACAUAUCGAGAAGAUCAUAGAAAAAUUACACACACGUCAUGUCCAGUACAUCCGAAUCUCAGAUCCUCAUGGUGGGCAGGACAACCAGAGGAGACUCACAGGCUUAAACAGUACCUCCAACAUCCAUGAGUUUUCAGCUGCUGUGGAUAGUCAUGAUGUCAGCAUCCGCAUUCCACUGCAAGUUAGCCAGGACAAGCGUGGAUACUUGGAGGAUCGCCGGCCUGCCGCCAACUGUGACCCAUAUGCUGUGACUGGUGCUAUUGCUCAGACCUGCCUAAUGGAGGAUGAGGAGGAACCUGGAUAUUAACAAUUUGUUCUAAAACACUCAAAUAUACCACUAAUUCACAUUUUAAAAGAAUAUCUAACAUAUAGUAUACAAAUUUAGCAAACAUUGAACAUAAAUACUGCAUUUUUAGAAAAUAGAUUCAUGCUAUUUAAAACAUACUUUUAAAAACCUUAAAUAAAUAAAGGUUUUAUUAAAACACUUUUUUUUAAAAAAAUCAUUUCCGGGUAAUGAGCUGUUUUGCAUAAGCACACAUGCACACAAACCUGUUGAUAUGUUUUCUUACCACCACAACAGGCAUAACAAUCAUACAAACGAAUGAAAUACACAUGCAUAAUAUCUAUUAAAUUAUAUUCUCUAGUCUGCAAAGUUCAUUCAUCAAUUCAUUUCACAACAGACUUCACCCAAUACCCAAGAGAUGUUGUAAAA